AUGGCGAUCGUACGUUACUAUUCGGCGGAUGCGUUCUCUUCCGCGAAAACGAGUGCAAUUUUGGAAUCUCUCAAAGCGAUAAACCCCAGCGUGCAAUCGCUGCAGACGGAGAAAUGUUUCUACGUCCAAAACAACCGCUACCAAAAGCUGCCGGCAGAUGUCGACGCGAAAUUGCACUGGAUCCUCAAGGAAUCGGAUGCCACGAAUACUCUGUCUGCCCAGCCUGGAUUGAAGGCUGGCCCAGCUCAGGUGAUGAUUGAGAUAGGACCCCGGUUCAACUUUUCCACCGCAAGCAGCACGAACAGUGUCAGCAUUUGCCACAAUCUCGGACUGCCGUUUAUCGAACGGAUCGAGGUGUCCACGCGGUAUCUUGUGGGGCUCAAAGGACCGGUCGGAAAGGACGAAUCGAAGCUCGUAUCCUGUCUGCUACCAGUGUUGCACGAUCCGAUGACCCAGUGCCAGUACACGGAGCGGAAUGUGCCGGUGAACGAUUUUUACGAGACGGUGUCUCGGUUGAAGGAGGAUUGGUAUUUUGUGCGACUGCUGGAGCAAGGUCGAGCGGCGCUGGAGGAGAUAAACGUGAAAAAUGGGUUGGCUUUCGACGAGUGGGAUCUGGACUACUACACGAAUCUGUUCGUGAACGUACUGAAGAGAAACCCCACCAAUGUGGAGCUGUUCGAUUGUGCCCAGUGCAAUAGCGAGCACUCGCGGCAUUGGUUCUUUAAGGGCAAGCUCACGGUCGAUGGAAAAACAAAGGCGAAAUCAUUGAUCGAGAUGAUCUGCGACACCCAGCGGCACACCAACCCCAAUAACACGGUCAAGUUCAGUGAUAACAGCAGCGCUAUCCAGGGAUACCAACACUCGGCAUUGCGCGCCUCCAGUUUCGACGGUCCUGGAAAGUUUGUGCGCCAAUCUGUCCGGUCAGAUCUGAUCUUUACCGCCGAAACGCACAACAUGCCAACGGCUGUGUCUCCGUUUAGUGGUGCUACAACUGGAACCGGAGGUCGACUACGAGAUGUGCAGAGUAUCGGCCGUGGUGGACUGCCGAUUGCUGGCACGGCUGGGUAUUGCGUGGGCAUGCUCAACAUUCCGGGGUAUAAGCUGCCGUACGAGCGUGAGGAUACGGGCUAUCCAGGCUCCUUUGCACGUCCUCUGAAGGUGUUGAUCGAGGCAAGUGACGGUGCGUCCGACUAUGGUAACAAGUUUGGCGAACCCGUCAUUUGCGGAUUUGCCAUCUCGUUUGGCACAGUGCAGACUGAUGGCAGACGCACGGAAUACGUUAAGCCAAUCAUGUUCAGUGGCGGUGUUGGUACGAUGGAUUCGCAUUUGGUGGAUAAGCAGGACCCCAAGAAAGGAAUGCUAUUAGCGAAGAUAGGAGGACCGGUGUACCGUAUUGGGGUCGGUGGUGGAGCAGCUAGCUCCGUUGAGGUGCAGGGCGACAGCACUAACGUUGAGCUCGACUUUAACGCCGUCCAGCGAGGAGAUGCUGAGAUGGAGAACAAGCUGAACCGAGUUGUGAGGGCUUGCAUUGAGAUGGGUGAUCGCAAUCCGAUCCUCGCUAUCCACGAUCAGGGUGCAGGUGGCAACUGCAACGUGCUGAAGGAGCUCGUUGAGCCGGGUUGUGCUGGAGCGGUGAUCUUCUCGAAGCAGUUCCAACUUGGUGAUCCAACUAUCUCUACACUCGAGCUGUGGGGCGCUGAAUAUCAGGAGAACAACGCCGUUCUGGUAGAUGCACGUGAUCGCGAUCUUUUGCAGCGUAUCUGCGACCGUGAGCGUUGCCCAGUGUCCUUCGUGGGCCAAGUGACGGGUUCGGGCUAUGUGACACUGGUGGAGGACGAGUUCAAUGCAGCUGGCUUUGAAAAGUACGCUGAUCGAGCGCAGUGUGCGGGUGAACGACUACCAUUCGACAUGCACCUCGAUCACGUGCUAGGCAAGAUGCCCCAGAAGGAGUUCCACCUGCAACACCUGGCUGAAAGUGUGGACGAAUUCGUGCUGCCUGAGGGUGUGAAUCUUGCGGACGCACUUGGCCUCGUCCUGUCGGCAGCAACCGUCGGCAGCAAGCGCUAUCUAACGAACAAGGUUGAUCGGUCCGUGACGGGUCUGAUCGCGCAACAACAGUGUGUUGGUCCACUGCAUACUCCCCUGGCGGACUUUGGCUUGGUGGCAGUGUCUCACUUUGACCGCCAAGGCAUCGCAACGUCGAUCGGAGCGCAACCGAUCAAGGGCCUUGUAAAUCCGGCCAUGGCCGCCCGUAUGACGGUUGCGGAAGCACUCUCGAACCUGGUGUUUGUCGGCAUCAGUGAGCUAGCGGACGUAAAGUGCUCUGGAAACUGGAUGUGGGCCGCCAAAGUGCCCGGUGAGGGCGCUAAGUUGGUGGAUGCGUGCGAAGCAAUGUGCAACUUGAUGGGUGUGCUGCAGAUCGCGAUAGACGGUGGAAAGGAUUCGCUAUCGAUGGCGGCCCGUGUGGAUGGCAAAACCGUCGUCAGCCCGGGAACACUCGUCGUCUCCACAUACGCGCCAUGUCCUGAUGUGACGGUGAAAGUGACACCCGACCUAAAGGCGUCCGCGUUGGGCACCGACACGGUUCUUCUGUACAUCGCUGUCGAGGGUCAACGCUUCCGACUUGGAGGAUCCGUGUUGGCGCAAUGCUUCGGCAAGCUGGGAGGUGACUGUCCAGACAUUAGCAGUGCCCAGUGUCUGAAGAACGCAUUCAAUGUGACGCAAGACCUCCUGCGCCGGGGGUUGUUGUUAUCGGGGCACGAUUGUAGCGAUGGUGGGUUGAUCACGACCGUGCUUGAGAUGGCAUUCGCCGGCCUAACCGCAGUUGAGGUAGACCUGGAACAGAUACUAACACCGUCUUCCGGAGUGAACAAGAAAACCACCGCCAUGGAUGUGCUGUUCGCGGAGGAAUGCGGUUGGGUGCUGGAAGUACGCCCUGAACAUAUGUCCGACGUGGUGAGUGCGUUCUUGAAGGCGUCCGUUCCGUACUACUACAUUGGCCGGGGUGUGGCCAUAGCCGACCUUCAUUCAAACACCUCCGUAACGGUGCGCUCAGGAUCCAAGGUGUUGCUUCUGCAAGACAGCCUGUUCAACUUGUUCAAUCGCUGGGAAUCCACCAGCUUCGAGAUAGAAAAGCUGCAGAAAGCCAAGGCCAGUGCGAUCGAGGAGUACAACGGCAUGGAACGUCGCACAGGACCUCAGUACAAGGUCAGCUUUAACGCGGACACAGUGUACGCUGAUAUGAAGCUGCAUUCGGUGAUUCCUAAGGUGGCUCUCGUCCGUGAGGAAGGAACCAACGGUGAUCGUGAGAUGGCAGCCGCGCUCUUUUCCGCUGGUUUCGAGGUCCACGAUGUCGUUAUGGAGGAUAUGCUGCAAGGUCGAACUACGCUCGAUCGAUACCGUGGCGUCGUGUUUCCUGGUGGAUUCAGCUACGCAGACACACUCGGUUCGGCCAAGGGAUGGGCCGCUUGUAUCCAGUACAACGAGAAAAUCGCACCUCAAUUCGAGGACUUCCGACGACGUACGGAUACGUUCUCACUCGGUGUCUGCAAUGGCUGUCAAUUGAUGGGUCUAAUCGGAUGGGUAGACACCGGAGUGGCCAAGGCUGGAAAGAUAUCCACCACCGACACUGUGCCCGAGAUCGUACUCGUUGGAAACCGAUCGGAGAAGUUCGAAAGUCGCUGGGUAACGCUGCGAGUUCCAGCGAGCAAAUCGCUCAUGCUACGUCGGCUAGAGGGCAGUGUGUUGGGAUGUUGGGUGGCACAUGCCGAAGGACGAUUCUCGUUCCAGUCGCAAGUCACUCGAGACCGGCUGCUAGCGGAUCGUUGCGUCACGAUGCAGUACGUUGAUGACGCAGGCAAUCCCACCGAAACCUACCCGAUGAAUCCGAAUGGCAGCGAACGGGGCAUUGCUGGAGUCUGCUCACCAGACGGACGCCAUCUUGCUAUCAUGCCGCACCCGGAAAGAUGUGUCCAGAUGUGGCAGUGGCCGUAUGUGACGAUGGAUUUCCCACUGAAGCCCACCGCCGCUUCGCCGUGGAUGUCGAUGUUCCUGGAGGCGUAUCUGUGGUGCGUAGGCGAGCAGUAG